GUGAUGUUCUGGUUCUGUGGUUUUGGCUUGUCAACAAACAAACUAACUAACCUCAAAAUCCAUUUUAAAAACUCUAGUUGAGAAGAAAGUCAAAUAUUUUGAAUUCGAAAUGCUCUUCUAUUCUUUUUUCAAGUCCUUGGUUGGGAAAGAUGUGGUUGUUGAACUUAAGAAUGAUUUGAGUAUUUGUGGUACUUUACAUUCUGUGGACCAAUAUUUGAACAUAAAAUUAACAGAUAUCAGCGUGACAGAUACUGAUAAAUAUCCACACAUGCUCUCAGUUAAAAAUUGUUUCAUCAGAGGUUCUGUUGUGAGGUAUGUUCAACUACCUGCAGAUGAAGUAGACACCCAACUUCUACAAGAUGCUGCAAGAAAAGAAUCAUCUGUACCCACUAGAUAAGGUUUCUCAGAAUUAUCUACAUCAUGUUAAUUUCAAAUAAUGUAUAUAUGCUUCAUUUUCAUUAAUUAAGUUCAACAAAAAGUUUUGACUUUCAAUUGAGUUUAUGAUCAUGAUAAUUAAUAAAUUGAUGGAUGUAGCCGUUA